AUCUGCACGUACGAAGAUAUAUGGCAUGCACUUUUCGAGCUGUCUCCCCCGUUUCCAUUGACUGCGCACACUGGCUCUGCGUCUCCGUAAUUUACAUUCUACAUGUGAGUGAUGGGUGUUCUGGAUAGAUAUGGACUGGUGGAGUCCGCUCGUCCGCCAACAAGAGCUGUUCUGGCUCGAGCGCGGUGGUCAUCUGGUCACUGGCCAUCAGUGGCCAGGAAACUGCAACACAGCCUCUACAAAGCGAGUUACCAAUCCCAUGAGGUCUUUGUCGACGAAACGGUUGCGCCAGGGCUUACUUAACGAAUAUUUGCAAGCUCAUCCCUGCCCACGCUGUCCACGCCAGGGCUCGUAUUCAAUGCACGUUGCUGUGAUGGCAGCGCACAGACUGAUGAGCAGCUCUCACCAAGGCGGAGGCGGACUGCAUGUGCAUAUCACCAUAUUCCCUUUGGAUCAGUACGCAUCUCACGUGUCCAACGUCCCAGACAUCUUGAAGCAGGUUGGUAAAUCAUUCACCCCUGCUCUCCCUGUGUCCACCUAUCGCUCUAAAGAUGCCAAGCAGGCUACAACGAUACUAGAGCUGCUGCGGUCGAGGGAGCAUGGUCUAUAAGGGUCUGGUACGUAGUCUGUCACGUCUCGCGCGCGCGCGCAAAAAAGGCCUCUCCAGAAGAGCGACGUGGGGUAAUGAUGUCGACACCUCCCAAGCUCCGUAAAAAGAACAUACAAACAUUUGAGCCAUGGUGGCGU